GAAAAGAAUCAGUACCGUUGGCCAUUGUUAGGUCUCUGUACUGAUAUCUUAAACCUGAAAUACGCCUAGUCUUUCACUUUCUCUCUCUCUAGAUUUUCUUUUGAUUAAUUUUAUAAUUUAAACUUGAAGAAAAAGAAAAAAGAAAAAAGAAAAAAGUGUUUUGACCACAAUUCCAUAUGAGUAAAAACUUGAGUACAUUAAACAUACCCCACCUAUCAAGGUCCAAUUUAAAUAUGCUUCUGCCCUGAAAUUUCUACCUGUCAGAACAAAAAACAAACAAGCUAGAAUCUCACACACCAAAAUAUAUAGUGAGAGAGUGAGAGAGAGAUUGUUUUGUUUAUAUGUUGGAAAUGGUGAGGAUUUAAGUGAAAUUAUAUAUUAUAUUUUUUUGUUGUUUUGUUUUGUAAGGACAUGAAGAGUGAGGAAGAUUCAGUUCAAUGGAGAAUGAGAUUAUGAAGAGGAGGACAAAACAAUGGAAUGAUAAGAAAAAGAAGAAGAAGAAGAAUAUUCAUAAUAAUAAUAUUAUUAAGAAGAGGAAGCUAAAGCUGAAGUCGAUGAAACCAUAUUGCUGCUGUGAAAUUCAGAGCAGAACAAGACAAACACAAGUUGUUGUUUCUUCUGAACCAAAACAAACAAUUAAGCCAAAACAUUAUUCAUCUAAACUAGCUUAUUCUACUAUUACUAAGAUUACUACUACUACAACUAACUCCUACUACUACCAACCUUUCUCAUUAGUUCCCAUGCUUCUUGUUCUUUUCCUCUUUGUUUCUUUCCUUUCUUUCCCUGCAUUUUCUCACCCCCAUAAUCAUUUUCCGGCCAACCAAACACUCCGGCCUGAUCAAGAGUUACAUAAGCUCAAAAGGGUCAAUGCUUAUUUGAAGAAACUCAACAAGCCUGCUGUCAAGACAAUUCAGAGCUCAGAUGGUGAUGUCAUAGAUUGUGUGCUUGCUCAUCUUCAACCAGCUUUUGAUCAUCCUCUGCUUAAAGGCCAGAAGCCAUUGGAUCCACCAGAGAGGCCUAAAGGCCAUGAAAACAAAACAAUUCAAGAGAGUUAUCAACAAUGGACUGACUCAGGUGAAUCAUGCCCUGAAGGAACUAUUCCAAUUAGAAGAACCACUGAUAAAGAUAUAUUAAGAGCAAGUUCCAUUAGAAGAUAUGGUAGAAAACCAAGAAGACAUGUUAGGAGAGACUCAACUGGUAGUGGUCAUGAGCAUGCAGUUGUAUUUGUAAAUGGAGAACAAUAUUAUGGAGCAAAGGCCAAUCUUAAUGUUUGGGCACCAAGAGUCACUGAUCAAUAUGAAUUCAGCUUAUCACAAUUAUGGGUCAUCUCAGGCUCAUUUGGCAAUGAUUUAAACACAAUUGAAGCUGGCUGGCAGGUUAGCCCAGAGCUAUAUGGUGACAACUAUCCUAGAUUCUUUACAUAUUGGACAACAGAUGCAUAUCAAGCUACUGGAUGUUAUAAUUUACUAUGCUCUGGUUUUGUCCAAACAAAUAACAAGAUAGCUAUUGGAGCAGCUAUCUCUCCUAGGUCAUCUUACAAAGGGAGGCAAUUUGAUAUUGGUUUAAUGGUUUGGAAGGAUCCAAAGCAUGGGCAUUGGUGGUUGGAGUUUGGGUCUGGUUUAUUGGUUGGAUAUUGGCCAGCUUUCUUAUUCAGCCAUCUUAGAAGCCAUGCAAGCAUGUUACAAUUUGGAGGUGAAAUUGUAAAUAGUAGAUCUUCUGGUUUUCACACAUCCACACAAAUGGGAAGUGGUCAUUUUGCUGGAGAAGGUUUUGGGAGAGCAUCUUAUUUUAGAAACUUACAAAUUGUGGAUUGGGACAAUAAUUUGUUACCCUUGUCAAAUCUUCACCUCUUGGCUGAUCAUUCUAAUUGUUAUGACAUAAGACAAGGAAAAAAUAAUGUAUGGGGUACUUAUUUUUACUAUGGAGGUCCUGGGAGAAAUGUAAGGUGUCCUUGAAUAAGCAAAAAAAAAAUGCCAUUAGAAAUUAAGAUAUAGAAAAUCAGUGUCUUUUUUGUUUUGUUUUGUUUUGUUUUUGGUUAUUAUUUUAACAAAAAAUAAGAAAAAAAAAAUCUGGGUUUUAGUUUUUGUUGUUAGGUUUUGACAUGGUUUGGGUGAUUUUGAUAUAUUUCCCAUUAUAAUGUAUUCCUUUUGUUUUUUGGAGGGGUUUUAUAAUCAUUUGAUUAUCCCAUCUCUGGCUUUGUAAAUUUGGGGAACAUACACCAAAGUGUUAAUAGUACUGGUUUGUGUUAUAUAAA